AUGUGCUAUCAACUUGUCGAGCUCUACUCAGCAUGCCGCUGCCUCUACUACCAGCACGCCAUUGACAGAUGCGCUGCCUACGGCCGACCAGGACAUAGCAUCCAGAACAGAACAAUUUUGGUCGGAUACGCCUGCCAUGCUCACUCUUCAUCACACAGCACCAAGGGCUCCCGCCAGUACCGGUGA